AUGGCGGCGCCUAUGCGUAAACAUGGGGCAGUGUUACGCAGACUGUAUGUAGCACUAACUCAGGCCUUGAGCCUGGAAAGCCGGGCAACCACAGGGGUCUUUCACUGCCAAAUAAGAAAUGCUAGCACCAAAAAAAAGGACAAAGAGAAGACCAAGAAAGCCAAGAAAAGAAUUUUCACAGCUCCUGAGAUGGAGUAUAUUACCAGUCCAUUGCUGAGCACACACCUUGGAAAGGUGCCCACUGAUAAUGUAUGGUUCAUGUCCGAUUACCCAGAACCCUAUUUCACAUUAGAGGAAGCUCUUCAGAGACAUCAACUGAUGGCACAACCCAGCAUUUAUAACUAUUCAGAUAGCUACGUGUACGCUAACGUUGCUCUCAACAGCUGGACAAAACGAGAGGGGUUCUUUAUAUCAAUGUAUAAGUCAGCAAUGGUCCCUCAUCCUUUUGAUCCACCUGUGAAAGUAAGAUGUGCUGUUUUGACAAAGCAAAAGGAUAAUGUAGUGAAGGCUUUACAGUCUGGAGCUAAAUAUGCAGGAGGAACAGACCUUCUAGCCCAGAUGCAGACAGAUCAAGUAUCAAUUUAUGAGUUGGAUCAUGUGAUAGCAACUCCGGACAUGAUGAAGCAAUUAAAAUCUUUGCGCCCUCUAUUCGGAGAUUUAUUUCCAAAUGAAAAAAAAGGUAGUAUGGGAGAAGACAUUUCAUCUAUGUUAGAAAAUUUCCUCGGUGGGAUAAUUAUGAAAUCACAGCCAACUAAGACAAAGGGACUUGCAAACAUUCGAUUUCCAAUUGGAAAGAUAAAUAUGACACAAGCACAGUUAAGUGAAAAUUUGGAGGCAUUAAAACUGGAAGUACAUAAGGCUCGCCCAUCAAAGGUAACAGGUAAGUACAUUCUGCAGUUGGAGAUAGAAGUGCCUCCGUCUCCAUCGACAUUCAAGCUGGAUCCACAACUAUACGACGUCAGUGAACCAAUAAAGAAACAAUGAGGAGAGACUAUGAUAUUGCUCAGAACAUGAGCUCUGUAUUAAGUCAUUGAGAUGUUGCAAAAUAAAGUGUUAAUUAUGUCCA